AUGGCAGGUAAGUCGACAAAAGUUACUUUGACGGAGUUCUUGCCGUCGACCUUGAAGACACCGGGCUCGUCUCCAAGGUCGAAAGAUUACGCGAAACAAAGAAGCAAUGGAAGCCCCAACUAUACCAACCCGCUUUUGGAAGCCAUCCGCAUCCCCGAUGCCGGCCCAUUCGAAAGCAAAGCAUGGUUGGACUUUCAAUUGCGAGUUUCGGGUAAUCUCUGCAAUGUUAAACGCUUCCUCGGAAGCGAUCAAAAGGUGGAAUUUAUCGUCGCCAGCCAUCAGGUUCGCCCAGCAGCGAAGAAAAUCCGAGAUGGCACUAACGAAGGAGAUAUACUGUAUAUCACCUUCGUCUCUGACGGUGGAUUCGACAGGUACCUUUUGAUCGGAAUGGUCAAGCUACUCAAGGUCUUCGCGUUUGAUAUAAUCUGCUUGAAAGCCGAUUACGGGCGAAGCAAUGACUUGGGGGUUGUUUUACACCAUUUGAUGCCCUUGUUUACCGAUGUUUCAAUCCUGAAGAUUAUUACUGAUCGGGACACAGAUUUAAGCAUCACCUCCCAUGGGUUAGGAAAUCUUUUGAAAUCAAAAUUUUACCUGAAACACUUAUGGCAAUUCGCGUUUGAUGUAAAACCUAUUGGACAAACGCCUCUUUACUUCAACAAUAAAGAUGCAUGUUUCUGCUUUAAGAAACGCCAAUUCUUUUUACUUCCCGCAGACGAACUCGUGGAUCCAUCUCGCACCGAUGAACUUUUCUAUCGGAAAGCUGCUCGAAAUCCCAAUUUCGUGCAACUUAAACGACGAGACGAGUUUGUAAAAAACUUUCUUUUCGCCUCCUCCAUGUCGAGUUCCCUUGCUAUUCUUUGGUUUUCCAAAGUCUGUUGCGAGGCCUUGUACAUCGAGAAGGAACUUCGCAAAGAAAUACUUCGAAAAAAUGGUGUUGUUGCAAUUGUCCAAGCAUGUAUCCAAUACUAUAGGUCGACAUUGAUUAUUCCUAGCCCUGCCCCUAUUAAUAAUCCUUGGGGACCUCUUUUUCCAUCUCCAGGAAAAGGCAAAAAACAACAUCACCACGGUCAUGGAAAGG